AUGGUCUGCGCAAAAUGCCAAAAGAAACUUAAAUCCACCGAGCUCGCCACCCCAGGCGUCAAGCGCAAAAGCGAGAUGUACUACGGCUCGCCCGCGACCUCUGUCGGCGGCGGCAGCGCGGGUGGCGAGUCCAAGAAGUCGACGCUGGGGAAUACGGGGAUAGGCAAGGUAGUUCCUCCUUCUGUUAUGGCAUAUGUAUGGUUGAAUCCCUACGCGGCGUACGCUUCGUCCUGUGAUCUGUGCAAGACCAAGACGGAACAGGGGAAGAAGUAUUGUCAGCGGUGUGCGUAUCAGAAGAAUGCUUGUCCGAUGUGUGGGAAGAGUCUGGCGGGCAAGUCCUCGAAGGACCAACCGGUGGUCCAAGGACAGAAGUUCAACUUGAAAUGA